CAUUGUAGAAUGACCUUAAUACCAACAAAAAUCACGCUGCUUUAUAUCUUGCUUGUUGGUUUCAAUAAGAUUCUUUCAGUUUUCAUAAAUUUCAUGUGUUUUCCUAGUAACUACUCCUAGUAGUAAUAGUGUUCUCCUAGCAAGCAACCCAAGUUAGUAAAAAAUGUCGCGACAUAGAGAUGUACGUUCUAUGAAUUAUUCAGAUGAAUAUGAUGGAUACGAUGACGUUUACGGGCAUUCCGUCGAAGAUGAUUACUGUGUAUCGCCAAGUGCUGAACAAUUUAUGUUUGAUCGCAGUAAGCAACCCAACAUAUCAUCAUUUUUCACUGAACCGGAUAUCCAAGAAGAUAACGAAGAAAUUGAAGACAUACCUUCAAGUUAUAAACUACCACAGUUGUCAGAUUUAGAUGCAGCUAAACUUAUGUCUUGUAUUGAAGCCAUCAAAAAUGUUAUAGGAGAUACACAUCCUGAAUCUGAAUUAAACAAAAAAAUUAUAGAAUUCAAUUUCAAUACAGAAGCUGUUCUCAAUUCGAUUCUUAAUGAGGAAUCUUCAAAAAAGAUAACAAAUAAGCCAACAACUGAGAAAGAUAUUGAUAAUUUGCGCCCAGAUUUUACAACUUCAAGUAAAAUAGUACCUAAACUGGCUUCUCAAGUGUCUCAGCCAACAGUAAAAGUAAUACCUGCAGCAGCUGCCAGAAGUAUUACAAAGGGUUUUGAUGUUUGUGGAACCAAUGAAAAUAUAGAAUCACUUGGAACAUCGCGCUCUCAAAGUCCAUGUUCAGGUCGAAAUUCACCAGAUCCAUUGACACGGGAUGAUAGUAGUUUUAGCAGGAGAGAAAAGAAACAGACGGCUCUAUCAGUUUUGAAUAAAUCUACUUCAUCACGAAGUCAAUCUCCAGCUGUAAUUGAUGAAGGACGAAUUGCUGAAGAUAAAAGAGAUGCUUUAGCAAUUUAUCGAAGUAAACGAGCUGGAUGUAAAGAACAACUGCAUCUUAUAUGUGUUGGCCAUGUGGAUGCAGGAAAAAGUACCUUACUAGGUAGAUUGCUGUGUGAUUUAGGUCAAGUAUCAUCUAAACUUAUGCAUAAGUAUCAACAAGAAAGUAAAAAAAUUGGAAAACAAUCUUUUGCUUAUGCCUGGGUCCUUGAUGAAACAGGUGAAGAAAGAGAGCGGGGUAUCACAAUGGAUGUAGGACAAUCCAAAUUUGAAACUUCAACAAAGGCUAUCACCCUGUUGGAUGCUCCUGGUCAUAAAGAUUUUAUACCAAACAUGAUAAUUGGUGCUACACAAGCAGAUGUUGCUCUACUUGUUGUUGAUGCAACCAGAGGAGAAUUCGAAACAGGUUUUGAUAGCGGAGGUCAAACAAGAGAACAUGCAUUACUCUUAAGGUCUCUUGGAGUAUCUCAACUAGCCGUUGUAGUUAAUAAAUUAGAUACAGUUAAUUGGUCAAAAGAAAGAUUCAAUGAAAUAGUAAAUAAAAUCAGUGUCUUUCUGAAGCAAGCAGGUUUUAAAGAAACAGUCACCUGUGUUCCUUGCAGUGGUUUAUCCGGAGAAAAUAUUGUGACUAAACCAAAAGCUGAAGGAUUAUCUAAUUGGUACACUGGUCCAACCUUAGUUGAAGUAAUUGAUAACUUCAAGUGCCCAGAACGACCUGUUGAUAAACCUUUAAGGUUUUCUGUUAAUGAUAUUUUCAAAAAUAUUGGCUCUGGUUUUAGUAUUUCUGGACAUAUGGAAACUGGUAUGGUAUCUGUUGGUGACAAAGUUCUUGUCUUACCACGCAAUGAGCCUGCUGUUAUAAAAGGCAUUCAAGCGGAUGAUGCAAACAUAACUCAUGCCUUUGCUGGUGAUCAAGUUUGUCUUAGUCUAUCAGGAAUUGAUCAACAAAAUUUGGCAAUUGGUGAUAUAGUUUGCAGUUUAGCUUAUCCAGUGCCAACCACAACAUGUUUUCAAGCUCAUAUUGUAGUAUUUCAAAUCAAAAUGCCUGUAACUAAUGGCAUGUCUGUAGUGCUACAUCAACAGUCUCUUGUUGAGCCUGCUGUUAUAACUAAACUUGUUGCUCAAUUAAAUCGGAGCUCAGGUGAAGUUAUUAAAAAAAAGCCAAGGUGUUUAAUUAAAAAUACAAGUGCUAUUGUUCAAAUAACUACUCAAAGACCAAUUUGUGUAGAACUACAUAAAGAUGUAAAACAGUUAGGUAGAGUUAUGUUGAGAGUUGAUGGUACAACCAUUGCUGCUGGACUUGUUACAAAAAUUGUAUGAAAAAUUUAUUUUCUUAAGUUCUAUAUUGGCGGUGUUCAUAGCUGAUGUAUUAGUAAAAUGGAAUGUGUUGAUUUUUUAAUAUAUUUUACAAAAUUGAAAAACUAAGUUUUGAAUUAUUUUCAUUCACUUUAAUGAAAUAAAUUAAAAAAAAAAAUAUUGAUAAUACUUUAUACUAUUAUAUGUAAGAUCUUUGUAUAUUGUUUUGUUAUCUACAUAUAAAAUAUAAUCUAUUUCAAAUUGUA